CAUGGCCGUCCUGCUGCAGGUCACCGGGCUCCACCUCCACUUUCUGGCGGUCGCGCUGUCAGUGAGCGCCUCUUCUUUCGCCACGGGAACCCGGGACAGCGGCAGACUGGAGAUCCGCUGCGGAGAGGCGGAGGUGAGGGUCACCGUGCCGCGGCGGCUCCUGGAGGAGAGACGGGUCCCGUUCAGACGCGAGCACCUUCGACUCGGGGCGAAGCCGACGCGCGGCCCGGAGGCGGCGUGCGGACCGCGGGGCCUCAUGACCGGCGAGGCAGCGGUCAUCUCCGCGGGGCUGCGGGACUGUGGGGCCGGGGCCAGAGUUCAUGGUGAGUGGCUUGUGUAUUCCAACAAGCUCUUUCUAUUUCCUGCUAUGAUUUCGACCUCUUCGGGCAGUGUCAUAGUAAGAGCAGCAACAAUCAUCAUACCUGUUGAGUGCCAUUAUAACAGAAAGCAGACGGUGAGUGCAGACGCAUUAACCCCAACCUGGCAACCCAUGACAUCCACCAUCGGUGGAUUUGGCCUUCUGCACUUCUCCCUUCGUACCGUGGCAGAUGACUGCAACACUCUACGUAGUUCCUCAGUGUACCAGCAGGGGGAAGCAGUGUUUUUGGAGGCCCGUGUGGAGGCGCCGCUGCAUCCUCUACUCACUGUGUAUGUGGACUACUGUGUUGCUACUCUGAAGCCUGACCCUCUCUCCUCGCCAAGCUACAGGUUUAUCACCAAUUAUGGAUGUCUUGUCGACAGUGUAUUACCAGGGUCUUCAUCUAAAUUCCUCCUGCGGGAGGAAGAAAACCGGUUGUGCUUCAGUGUCCAAGCCUUACACUUCAAGCCGGAUUCUGGGGAACAGAUGUUCAUCAGCUGCCACCUGAGGGCCACUCCGAAACAAAACUCCCAGAGCCGCCUGAACAAAGCUUGCUUCUUCCACAGGCCCACAUUCAGGUGGCGUGCCACAGAGGGGGACCAGGCUCUGUGCGAAUGCUGUGACUCUGACGACUGCUCGAGACAGACUGGAGCGGGGAACAUUGGCUACACGACUCUACCCCAUAAAGAAACGACGCAUGAGGCGGACACAACAGUCGGGCCUCUUCACACCCGGCCACCCUCCCAUUGGACAGGGCAUCUGUCAGUCAGUCACUGAAGAGCAUUUUCACGACUUGACUAUUAGGUGGGUACAGGGACUGCAGAGAGCUGGGGAGUUGACCAAUAAAACAUUUAUCACGUA